UGAAGGGGUGAGGGAGGGGAGAUUUUUAAUGGCAGUCACUGGCGCACAAGAAUCGAGUCGGUAGAGUCUGCAACAAACAAACAUAAAUUAAAACAACUGAUCUUCGUCAACAAAUACUAAUCCAGACCUUCAACUUUGUGGGAAUUGCAAGAUUAUAUCAACUGGCCCUUUCUUCCCUCGCAGGACUGAGUUUAACGGUUGUUUUGUAAGGCUGCAUCGAGGUCGGAGGCCUAACGUUAGCCGGGAGUCAGUGGGGAGAAGCGGCUUCAUCGGAGUUGAUAUUGAGAAUAUGUAACAGACGUCAACAUGACAUCCAGAUUUGGUAAAACAUACAGUCGGAAGGGCGGAGAAGCCAACUCCAAGUUUGAUGAGGUCUUUUCAAAUAAGAAGGCCACUCUGAGCACAAAAUGGGGAGAGACCACCUAUAAGGCUCAGCUGGCCUCCAAAAGGCCCCUGAUCAAACAACAAGAGCUUCCAGAAAUCUCCAAGAGACCCAGGGUGGAAGAGGAUGAUGGUUCUGAUGACCCAUUCGGGUUUGACAGUGAUGAUGAGUCAAAAGCAGUCACCUCCAUAGGCACACCUCAGCCAGGCAAUGGAUCUGGACAGGACCAGGUUGCUAUGGUCACAGAAAAGCCUCAGGCGAAGAGUUCAUUCAUAAGAAGUUCGCCAUCAUCAGAUUCAGAGAGCUCCAAAGCAGACAAGCCGCUGCAGACAACAGUAAACAUAAGCUCCUGGUCGAAAAGUGCAAAGCCUGCCUCUCAGUUCACCUCCCUGAAGCCUCUGCCCAAGGACCCCUCAGACGGAUGGAACUCGGAGGGCAGCCAGCGAUCAUCGUCCCCGGGGGAGGACUCGCUGCAGGGCCGCGACGACAGCGGGGAGAGCGAAGGCCCCAGCGGGGUGGCCCAGGAGCAGGGUGACGGAGCCGGGAUGCCCCCGCAGCCCGAACCCCUGGACUUCGACCAGCUGCCUCUGCUCAAGUCGACGACCAACCGGACGUACCACCGGCCCAAGAGGCACAAGGACCUGGGGCAGGGGGCUCAAGCUGCCCCUGUGAAGGACAGCAAGCCCGCUCCUGCCCCUGCCCCGGCCAACCCUAGCAGCAGUGGCGUGUCGGCGCCCCCUAGCGCCCCACAGCAGAAAGCUGCGGGAAGAGGCAGGGUGCGGGACUACACGGUGUUGCACCCUUCAUGCGUGUCUGUGUGCAAUGUCACCAUCCAGGACGCCAUCGAGCGUACAUCCGACGAGCUCACCAGCACUGCCGCACCCACUGACCUCGGAGAGGCCGGCACAUUCAGAAGAAAGACCGAUGCUGCACCUGCCAAGCCCACCAGGUUCAGGCCCACUCAGAGCAAGUCCAAGAAGGAGACCAAGCUGGAGUUCUUUGGCUUCGAGGAGAACGAGGGCCAGGAGGCGUCCGGUGAGGCCACGGCGUCCGGCAGCACCAGCUACAAGAUCAAGUACUUUGGCUUUGACGAGCUGAGCGAGAGCGACAGCGACGACGAUGACGACGUCGCCGCGUCCAAGAAGGCCCGCAAGGCGGCCAGCGCCCAGGCGGCCGCAGCAGCCAUGUCCUUCAGCGCCGACAGCCCGCAGAUGAGCGACUCACAGGACAGCCAGUCCAGCACUAACACAGACUCCCUCGAGUUCCCUGACGAGUCCAUAUUGGCAGGCUCCGAGGGCCACAAGACCCAGCAGGGCAAACAGUCCGACAAGUCCAAGGACAUCGGUCGCAAGAUCUUCAAGAAGUCUCCUGCGAAAGCUGUGUACAACGCCAGACACUGGAAUGAGCCUGAGGAACUGCCUCCGCCCGCUCCCACCCGCACCAUCUCUGCCCCAGCUAGCUUAUCAAGCAGCAGCGGCAGCAGCAGCAGUGGUAGCGGUAGCAGCAGCAGCAGCAGCAGCAGCAGCAAAGAGACCAACUCUCACAAAGAUGAUGGGGUCUUCAAAGCCCCUCCCCCACCACCUAAGGUCAUCAAGUCGGUCACCAUCCCCACCCAGCCCUAUCAGGACAUUGUCACGGCGCUCAAAUGCAGGAAGGAGCACAAGGAGCUGUAUACAGUGGUUCACAAUGUGAAGCACUUUAAUGACGUGGUGGAGUUUGGGGAGAAUCAGGAGUUCACCGACGACUUUGAGUACCUGGAGACGGGUCUGAAGAGUGGGCAACCCCUCAACACACGAUGCCUUAGUAUCAUCAGCCUGGCCACCAGGUGCGCAUUGCCCGGCUUUCGAAUGCACCUGAGGGCGAGAGGAAAGGUAGCAUCAGUCUUCAAGAUGCUCAAUGACGCACCACAACAUCCAAACCUAGCGCUGUGUACGGCGUCCCUGAUGUACAUCCUGAGUCGGGACCGCUUGAACAUGGACCUUGACCGGGCUUGCCUGGAGCUGAUGAUCCGGCUGCUGGAACUGGAGCAGGACAACACAGUGGACGACCAGCUGACGGCCAAGGAGAUGAGCAAGGUCAAGGAGAAGAUCCGCAAGCUCUGCGAGACCGUCCACAACAAACAUCUGGACCUGGAGAACAUCACGUCGGGCCAUCUCGCCAUGGAGACGCUGCUGUCACUCACCUCUAAGAGGGCAGGAGAUUGGUUCAAAGAGGAGCUUCGCCUACUGGGGGGGCUGGACCACAUUGUGGAUAAAGUAAAAGAAUGUGUGCUGAGCUUGAGUCAGGAGGAGGACAAGGAGAUGCUGGUGGCCUCCCUGUGGGGUGCAGAGAGGUGUCUUCGUGUGCUGGAGAGUGUGACGGUACACAACCCGGAGAACCAGGCCUACCUGAUCGCCUACAAAGACUCACAGCUCAUAGUGUCCGCAGCACGGGGCCUGAGGUACUGCGAGGACAUGAUCCAGCGCUACAGCCGGGAGGUCAACAGUUCUGUCGUCGCCUCGGGCUCAGCUCUGCCACACUGUAGCCAUAGCAACGUGGGCAAAGCUGUGGAGGACUGCAUGAGAGCGGUGAUUGGCGUGCUGCUUAACCUCACGCACGACAACGAAUGGGGAAGCACAAAGGCCGGUGAGCAGGAGGAGCUGUUGGAGACGGCGCUCAACUGUGUGCUGCGGGUGCCGCGCUACCUACCUCAGGAACAGAGAUUUGACAUCCGAGUGCUGGGUCUGGGUCUACUGAUAAACCUGGUGGAGUACAGCUCCAGGAACCGCCACUCUCUGAUGGAGAUGCAUCUGGAGGUGGAGCUGGAGAUGGUGGCCCUCCCAGAGCCAGAGAAGGGUGGAGAGAAGGAAGCAGGAGACAAGACAACAAAGAUGGAUGAGCAGACACAGCCAGAAAAAAGGCCUGCCUCAGGCGCGCUGGCUGCACUGGUUCAUUUAUUCCUGGAACGGGAGAGGGCAGCCAUACUGGCCGAGGCGCAGACUGAUGAGGUCAUAAUCGAGGCGCCGAAGCCUCAGGACCAGAGUGGAGAGUGGCAGGAGACGUCGGGGGAGAUCCAGUGGGUGGCCUCCGAGAACAACGACAACGACAACGACAAGGACAAGGACAAGAAGGAGGAAGAGGAGGAAGAGCUCGACUUCAACAAAGCUCUGCAGCAUGCUGGGAAACACAUGGAGGACAGCAUCGUAGCCUCCUACACCGCCCUCCUGCUGGGCUGUUUAUGUCAGGGCAGUCCGGCAAAUGUGACAACCGUAAGGGAGAACCUGCCCAAGGGGGACUUCUCCAUCAUGACUGAAAUGCUCAAGAAGUUCCUGAAUUUCAUGAACCUCACAUGUGCAGUGGGAACCACUGGGCAGAAGUCCAUCUCUCGGGUGAUCGAUUAUCUGGAACACUGCUAGCACGCUGGUUCCGAGAGUCACUCUCACCCCCACCCCAUCCCCCCUCUCUCUUUCUCUCUCACUCACUCACUCUCACACACUGGGCAGUGUUGCCACCGACCGCUCAGGGGUCCCAGCGAAGCAGUGCCAGCUCUCCCGGCUCCCAUUGGCUACCACUGCCGGGGUGAGCAUCACCACGGCCAUCAACGGGGCCUCGCAUUGCAUCAGAAAUUCAUGAGUUGUUUUUUUCUUUUCAUUGGUUUUGUUUUUCACCAUUUUUUGGCCCAAUCUUUAGUUUAGUAAACCCCUUUUUUCCCACCAUCACCAGUGUCAGUCAGACUUUCCCCAGCUGUUCUUUUCUCUCUCUCUAUCUCUUAUUCUCUCCCUCUCAUUCUCUAGGUUUGUAUUGCCCCCCCCGGGUGCCAGCCGUGGGUUUCUAUCUCGUUCCCUCUUCGGUCACUCACCUGACAGCAAUUUGUCAGCCCAUAACUGCUAUCGAUGAGACACAUACGUAUGCAAAAGAAACAGGAAUUUCUUUUUCUUUUGUGGGAAAUAUUUAAUAUUUUAAAUAUUAUUUAAUGUUUAUUUUAAUUGUGUGACAGUGUUAUUCCCUAUUUAUGCACAUAUACAUUUUAUUUAGAUUAAUUGUAAUAUCACCUCCCAUGAACCAUAUAUGAGAUGUUCCCCUCAUUCCAAAAGGUAUCACCGUUCAUUACAAAGACUCAGUCGUGGAUGGAAAUCAGGCACAUAGACAUGUUCACGUCUUAAACUGCACAAAAGAACGUUACCUUGUGCGCUUUGGAACCAAAGCCUUGUCCUGUCCUUUCGGCAGAUGCUCUUCUAUUCUCUGUGCGGCUGUGAAAGGCCAGCUGUCCACUUAUUAAUAACACUGCAGUUUCCUAAAGGCUGGCAAGGCCACUCUUCUGCAGGGUUGCGUCGCUUUGUUGAUGGGGGGCCAAUGAGCGGCUCCGAGAGAGAGAGUGUGUCUGUGUGUGUGUGUGUGUGUGUGAGAGAGAGGACUGUUUAAGUGGUCUCUUCAUCAUCUGUGUAUGAUGCAAGCUCUAAGAGAGUAUGACUGGAGUUCUCUCUCUGUCCCUCUCUCUGUCCCUCCCACAGCCAGCAGACAGUGCUUAGACAUGCUUUUCUGCACCACUGAGCACUCUAUUUUUUUUUCUCCCUCUGCCUCCCUACUUUCUCUCUUUCUCUCAUUUUUACUGAGCUGCUGAUAAUGCACGCCAUCCCAUGGUUACCUUUCAUCUGGCCAUUAUCUUUCCUCCCUCUCUUCUGUUUUUAUCUCUCUCCCCCCUCACUCUCUCCAUCAAACCUUACACCAGAGAGCCUCUGGCCUAACUGCUUUUUGUUUCUUUCUUUACUAUGAGCUGUCCUGUCCAACUAGAUGAGGACAAAUGUUCCCUUUCCCUUUUGAUAUGUCGGAAAGGUUCUCAGUUUUUUUUCGAAAGGUUAAAUGAUUUUGAGAUGGAACUUUGAAUUUGAAGGAGACUGCUUGAUUCAAAGGGACAAUGGACUGAUUUGCUUAUCUCAUUCAGCCCUUCCCUCGUUUUGACCAGCUCAUGUCAUUCAUUGGACAUAAUUAAAUAAUUUCCCAUCGAUCUUGCUUAUUGAGAAGAAUUUGUAUUAUUUGCUAAGGUUUUCCCUUUGAAAAUGAAUUGUUAAAGAGUAUAGUCUUACAUGUAUCAUGAAUCAGACUAUUAUUGGACCAUGUUUUUUUUUUCCUUUUAUUGAUGGUCAUUUUAAUUUAAAUUCAUAUUUAAUUCUAAUUCUAAGCUAUUUGAAUGUUGCUGUUGGAUAUGUUGGAGUGAGCCUCCAUUGUAAAUUGUCCAAAUGCUUUCAGGAGUGACCAUGAGUUUAGUUACCCCCCCUUGCUGCCGUUAUCAAACUCAACAGAAAGAUUGAUUUGAUUGAUUAAGGAGGUAUGGAACGGGAAUACUAUUUUUGGAACAUUUAGGGGUCAAUGUCAGAUGUCCUGGAUAGUCCUUCACUGGCAUUCAAGGCCAGACUUAAAAUGCUUCCCCUGCACUUGUAUAAAGCAGAUGUUUCAGGAAGAUUGUGACUUAAAAACACUGGGCAUAGAACUCUUUCCGUAAGCUAGCAGGUGAUAAACAGAGCCAUAUUCUGUCACAAUAAUGUUUUAUUAUAUUUGUUACAGGCCCUCUGAUUUUUAUGCAGAUAUGAGCAUUGAGUAACGUUUUAACCAGAGGUUCAAUUUUUUUCAAGCCUGAAAUGCGAGUGUGUUAAAACAAACAAAAAAAAAAAAAAUGUAAAUGUACAUACCUCUGUAAAUAGUGGCUGUUGGAUGUUAGAACGCUAGACUACUUUUUCCUCUGAAUCUGAUAUUUUUGUUUUAUACAGUUUUCUUCUCUCAGUUGAGUUAUUUGAAGUAAAAGGGUAAAAAAAAACACAGAAAAAGACAGCUGCAGGACAUAUAUAAAUAAGUAUAUAUAAAAUUCCACAGUUUGUACCAGUUUCAUGAUGAAAAGAAAAUAACUGUCUUUGGUUACAUGUAAAUAAUUUUAAUUCGAAUAAAAAUUGCUACUUUCAGUA